UAAGUCACUAGGGGAGACAAAUAUGACAGAAGAAUAGAGACAGAAAGCAGCCGAUAAACGAGUUCAAACGAUUGAGUAUAAAAUGAAGAGGUACCAGCUACACUGACUUUUAAUAAGAAUCAUCUACUGACUCGUUCUCUGGUCGAUCGUUUUAUCGAUCGUAUAUCGAUCUUCGUGCUAGCCUAGUGUCUUGAUCCAUCGAAAAAACUCUCUUCGUUAUUUCUUAUGGUUUGAAGAAAACGAUUGAAUGGAGGUACAUAACAAAGACACGAAGCAGUGGCCGCAGUAUCUCGCAGCUAUCACUGCGACAAUAUCCCUGGCAAUAACGGGAUCUCACAUCGGUUGGACAUCGCCGAGUCUGCCAUACCUGAAGUCAAACACCUCAUCAAUUCCCCUGAGCUCAGACGACGCCUCCUGGAUCGCGUCAUUCUACCUGCUGGGUACAAUACCAGGUAGUCUGCUGGCGGCCUUGAUCGUGGACCGUUACGGUCGUAAAACAAGUCUCCUCCUCUCAGGUCUGCCACUGCUAGCAGGUUGGGUGCUGAUAAUAAUAGCAUGGAACCCAUACGUCCUCUACGCCUCAAGAUUCAUAAGCGGUGUAGGCCAGGGUGUCGUCUACGUGGUGUGCCCGAUGUACAUAGGAGAAAUAGCGGACAAAAACAUCCGAGGUACCCUAGGCUCCUUCAUCAAGCUGAUGGUGACAUCAGGUGAGCUUUACGCUCACGCAAUCGGUCCCUUCGUACCCUACGAUUACCUCGCCUACUCCUGCGCCAUCAUUCCCCUCCUAUUCUUCAUAACUUUCGCAUUCAUGCCAGAAUCACCGUACUACCUGAUGAUGAAGAACGAUCGUUCAGGUGCAGCCAGGAAUCUACAGCUGCUCAAGCAAUACGACUGUCGCAAUCUCCAACCUGGUGAAACCCACGAAGUUCUCGAAGAGGAUCUAGAUCAGAUAGCUAAAACAGUCAUCAAUGAUAUGACCAACAGGGGCCACUUCUGGGAUCUAUUCGAUACGAAGGGCAAUCGUAAGGCCGUUAUCAUCAGCUUUGGCCUUCAGAUUGUCCUCCAGUUCUCUGGAUUGGCGGCUAUUGAGUCGUACACUCAGGAGAUCAUCGGUGAGAGUGACUCUGGCCUGUCACCUGGCAUUGUUGUUAUCAUUCUGAGUGUUGUACAGCUGAUGGCUGGCAUUGGAGCUGCUGUACUCGUUGACAGACUUGGCAGGCGACCUCUUCUACUCAUCACCACAUUUUUCUCCGGUGUGUCACUCACUGUUGCGGGCAUUUUUUACUUCCUCAAGUUCUAUUUGGGGAUGGAGAAGGAGCUCAGGGAUAUUGGAUGGGCCCUUGAUGUAUCCGUCAUCUCCUACGAGCUGAGUGUUGCACUUGGUCUGAGUCCAUUGUCCUACAUGAUGCUUGGUGAAUUGUUUCCGACAAAUGUCAAAGGUAUUGCCGUUUCACUCGCUUCCCUCUGGGCAUCACUUCUCGCUUUUAUUGUCUCCAAGAUGCAUCAGGUUAUCACCGAUAAUUGGGGGAUUUAUACUUCACUCGGGGGAUUUGCCGCUUCUUGCUUUGUUGGGAUUAUUUUUAUACUCUUCUGGGUACCCGAGACCAAGGGCAAGUCUCUGUUUGAGAUACAGGAGGAGCUCAACUGCUCCAAGGCUGAGAGGAAUAAGAGGAGGGAAAAGGCUGCCAAUAUCGACGAGGGAGUUUUCAGUGAAAUGCACGUCAGCAGUGUAUUCUGAGGUUUUCGAAAAUUAAUUAUUCACUGAGAAAAAAAUUUUCAUUUGCCAAUAUUUUUUUUCGGACGACAAAAUAUAUUUGGCAUUAGUAUAUAUUGUAGGAGUAUUUAUACAGUGAUUGACAGAUUUACCGGUGGGAAAUAGUAUAUUGAGCAUCAAGGGCGGAAAGUUAGUCUUUCCCCAUCCGAGAUGCGCAUGCUAUUCAUUAACAUUUCUGCAAAGAAAAUUUCGGGUUUUUCUGUCUGAAACGCGAGUGGAAAGUGAAUUUUUCGCCCUAGGGUGGAAAGUAAAUACUUUUCGCCCUAGAGUGGAAAAUGAAUACUUUUCGCCCUACCCUACCAUAAUAUCCGUCGAAAAAAAUACAUUUGACAAAAGACAUAUUUUUUUUCCAGUGAAUUCUCUAAUUCGGGUGUUGCGUGGGAUUUUUUCUUUUUUUUUUUUAGAGGUGAUUACUCGAGGUAGCGGAGGAAUUCCGACAUUUUUCGAUUUUAUAAUUUUUUUUUAAUUUUAAUUUUUCGUAUUCUCAAGGAGAAAUUGCACGAAAUACCCAUUUAUGACGACCAGGCUUUUCAUGAGGUUAAUUAUUAUUCCCACCAUUUUAGUAAUCAAGAUAAUGAGCAAAGUACCGAUAAUGGAGGAUCGCCGAAGGACUGGUUUUCAGGGUGUUCCGCUCCCUUUUACCCAAAAUUACCGGUUUUUUGAGUUUUUUAAAAUAAAUUGGUGGACGCGGAAAAUAUACCGUUUUCGGGUUUUAUUAUUUUCGAUCGACUCGCAAAAUGUGAUGAUCGUGCAAUAAUUGUCCUGCGUUUUUCUGAACUUUUCAAUGAUUCAUAAAACUUUGGGAAAAGCGCAGGAAAAUUAUUGCACAAUCAUCCAAUUUUGGGAGUUAUAAAAUAAUGUCAAAAUACAAAAACGGUGGAUUUUUCUGGAUCGUCCCGAUCAAAAAUUUAUCGGGAAACUCAAAGAAUCGUUAAUUGUCGCUAAAAGGGAGCCGAAAAUUUUUAAUUCUGUUAUGAAAUAGUAGAAUACGACAAUGAAUUUUUUUCGAGGCCAGUUUUUAGCAAAUAUCUCGGCACCGAAGGAAAACAACGAUUUUUUCAUAGAAACCUUUUUCAUAGCUCUCAUCUUUUGCUAUAAAAUAUGUUCCUACGAAAAAUCGGUAUGUUCCGUCAAUCGCGAGAUAUCGUCUAGAAACCGGUCUCAUAAAAGUUUUAUUUAUCCUAGAUUACCACUUCGCUCCUGAAAUCAAGAAUAGACGGUGUUUUUUUCUGCGUACGUACGUACUAUUUAUCAAUUCAUUGAUAACCGCUCAAUUGUCGUAUCUCAUGCAUUUCUAGAUAAAUCCCAAAAAAUUCAGCAGUCGAAUGUUAAAAAAUCUAUCAACUUCGACUACUAGCCACUUUUUCAGAAAAAUCUCGGAAUCUACAGCAGAUAGCCAAAUUGUCAUAAUAACUUUAUUUAAAGGUCUCAAUACACUCUGCAAAAAAGGUUAUUACAACAAUUGUGGUAUCUCCUCACGAUUCCGAGAUAUUGAUAACUUGAGUAAUGAAGUCGAUUUAUGCUGUUUUACUGCGCCAGCAUUG